UCGUCUCACAGCAAGCUUGUGAGAAAUCUCUGUUCCACAGUGUUAAAAAUACGAUCAAUAUCUUCCCAGAUCCCCUUCGAGCUCGAACUUCCCCACCUUUGUCAUCAUCGACAACGUGCUUUCCAACCUCCGUCAUACCUGCAACCCCUAACUACCGUCUCCACGACUCGAAAAGCAUAUCGGAGCCCCGACUCUGAGAUACAAGACGCUGGGACGACAGAAGAGACAUCAUGGCAUCAGCAGUGAAGAGUGUCCUGCCGACACACCUGAAGCCGAACAACGGCGAUUCCGACGAGGUCUUCGCGAAGAAACACCAUGGCAAGACACGGUCUCACAUGGCUUUCGAGAACACCUCGACCAACAUUGCUGCGGCCCAGAUGCGCAAUAACCUCACCAAUCUCGCCGAGACAGUCAAGGAUGCGGACCAGAAGAAGUCGUCGCAGCUGUUCGAGACUGAGAUGGACAAUUUCUUCGCACUCUUUCGGCGAUAUCUGAAUAAUAAGGCCAAGGGAAACGAAGUGAAUUGGGAUCGCAUUGCCCCCCCAGCUCAAGGCCAGGUAGUUGACUAUGAGGACCUGGCAAACUCGGAAUCUGUGGGCUUCCUCAACAAGCUCGCCGUGCUCAAGCUCAACGGUGGCUUGGGUACCUCUAUGGGCUGUGUCGGUCCCAAGUCAGUUAUCGAAGUCCGUGAUGGCAUGUCUUUCUUGGACCUCUCAGUCCGCCAGGUUGAGUUCCUCAACCGGACAUACGGAUCCAACGUUCCCAUCGUCCUUAUGAACUCAUUCAACACGGACGAUGAUACCGCUGCCAUCAUCAAGAAGUACGAGGGCCAUAACGUGGACAUCCUCACCUUCAACCAAUCCAGAUACCCCAGAAUAUUCAAGGACUCGCUCCUCCCCGUUCCCAAGUCCUUCGACUCGGACCUGAAGGACUGGUACCCUCCCGGCCACGGCGACGUUUUCGAGUCUCUCUACAACUCGGGCACCCUCGACAAGCUGAUUGAGCGCGGCAUCGAGGUCGUGUUCCUCUCCAACGCCGACAAUCUCGGCGCCGUGGUUGAUCUGCGCAUCCUCCAGCACAUGGUCGAGACCGGCUCCGAGUACAUCAUGGAGCUCACCAACAAGACUAAGGCUGACGUCAAGGGCGGUACCAUUAUCGACUACGAGGGCAGCGUCCGACUGCUUGAAAUCGCACAGGUUCCCAAGGAGCACGUCAACGAGUUCAAGUCUAUCAAGAAGUUCAAGUACUUCAACACCAACAAUAUCUGGCUGAACCUCAAGGCUGUCAAGCGCGUGGUGGAGAACGACGAGCUUGAGAUGGAGAUCAUCCCCAACGGCAAGACCAUACCUGGCGACAAGAAGGGCGAGAGCGACAUCUCCAUCAUCCAGCUCGAGACCGCCGUCGGUGCCGCCAUCCGCCAUUUCAAGAACGCACACGGCGUCAACGUGCCGCGCCGCCGUUUCUUGCCCGUCAAGACCUGCUCCGAUUUGAUGCUCGUCAAGUCGGACCUCUACACGCUCAAGCACGGCCAGCUGCAAAUGAGCUCCAGCCGCUUCGGCGACGCCCCGCUCAUCAAGCUGGGAACCGACUUCAAGAAGGUCUCCGACUUCCAGAAGCGGAUCCCGAGCAUCCCCAAGAUCAUCGAGUUGGACCACCUCACCAUCACCGGUGCCGUCAACCUCGGCCGUGGUGUCACGCUCAAAGGGACCGUCAUCAUCGUCGCCACCGAAGGCCAAACCAUCGAUAUCCCGCCAGGCUCCAUCCUUGAGAACGUCGUCGUCCAGGGAAGCUUGCGUCUACUAGAGCACUAGACGACAACUCCCUAUUUUCUUUUUUUUUGGUCUUGUUGCUGGGCAUCAGGUCUCCCGGGCUGCGAACGCGUCCUUCUUUAAGGCGCCUGGCCUGCAGAGACGACGAAGACUCAUGUCUGUUUAUCCUUCUGUUUAAGUUUAAUCUGAUUGUAGGAGGU